CGCAAAUGGUAACUAGUGCCUGAAAUCAUGCAGAAAGUUCACUUUCUGUUGCUUGUUGUUCUAACAACCGUUGCUGUGUGUUCUGGAGGACAGGUUUCCAAAGCAGAAGCCAGUAUAUGUAAAGAAGAGGAUUGUAAACCAUGUACUCCAUCCAUAGAAUGUCCUGAAGGCACAGAAGAAGGAUACGCUUUUCCUUGCCAGUGUUGUCCAUCUUGUGUAAUUCGCGAAGGAGGAAAAUGUCCAUGGAUGGGCGAGGAGCCAGACUCAGGAGAAGUUGAAUGCGAAGUUGAUACAAAUUGUUGUAAUGACGUUUGCUCGAGGGAAGAGUGCGAAACUGACACUACGACCGAAUCAUCUACAACGACAGAUGCAGAAUAAUGUAUCUAGCUUAAAAACGGUUGAGGUUGUUAUUUGGGGUUUGUUGAUUCUUGAAUAAAGACUUGUUUUGGUGAAAUUUUGUUAUUUGCUUCACAUAAUCUUAACUUUUUACUUUCUCUAUCCACAGGAAAAAUUUCAGUCUAACACAUUGAACACAUCUGUAACAUUUGCGUAA